GCGGGCAUCACGUGGGCCGGGCCGGGGCGGCCUAGCAGAUGGCGGCGGAGCAGGAGGCAGAGGGGCGCGCGGCGGCGCGGCCGCUGCUCUCCGACCUCUACCAGGUCACCAUGGCGCUGGGCUACUGGCGCGCGGGCCGGGCGCGGGACCCCGCCGACUUCGAGCUCUUCUUCCGCCGCUGCCCGUUCGGCGGCGCCUUCGCCCUGGCCGCGGGGCUGCGCGACUGCGUGCGCUUCCUGCGCACCUUCCGCCUGCGGGACGGAGACGUCCAGUUCCUGGCCUCGGUGCUGCCCCCAGACACGGAGCCCGCGUUCUUUGAGCACCUUCUGGCCCUCGACUGCUCUGAGGUGACGCUGCGGGCCCUGCCCGAGGGCUCCCUCGCCUUCCCCGGCGUGCCACUGCUGCAGGUGUCCGGGCCGCUCCUGGUGGUGCAGCUGCUAGAGACGCCGCUCCUCUGCCUGGUCAGCUACGCCAGGUGGGAUCCGGGCCUGCCUGGGGAAGACUGGGCUCCCUGGGGAGGAGCAUGGACUUCUGGAGAGUGGGGCCCUUCAGGCCUCAUUGCCACCAACGCAGCACGGCUUCGCCUGAUCGCGGGACCAGAGAAGCGGCUGCUGGAGUUCGGGCUGCGGCGAGCUCAGGGCCCGGAUGGGGGUUUGACGGCCUCCACCUACAGCUACCUGGGUGGCUUUGAUGCCAGCAGCAACAUGCUCGCAGGACAGCUUCGGGGUGUGCCGGUGGCCGGGACCAUGGCGCAUUCCUUCAUCACUUCCUUUUCAGGCACUGAGGUGCCCCCUGACCCGAUGUUGGCUCCGGCUGCUGACCAGGGCCCCAGGGUGGACCUGGCCGCCUGCGUGGAGGCAUGGCUUGAGCGUGUGUGUGCCCACCUGGGGCUGGGGGCGCAGGAGCCGCACCGGGGGGAGCGGGCGGCCUUUGUGGCCUAUGCCCUGGCCUUUCCCCGGGCCUUCAAUGGCCUACUGGACACCUACAGUGUGCAGAGGAGUGGUCUUCCCAAUUUCCUGGCAGUUGCCCUGGCGCUGGGGCAGCUGGGUUACCGGGCAGUGGGCGUGAGGCUGGACAGCGGUGACCUGCUUCAGCAGGCCCAGGAAAUCCGCAGGCUCUUCCGGACCAUUUCGGCCCAGUUCCAAGUACCCUGGCUAGAGUCGGUCCCCAUUGCUGUCAGCAACGACAUUGAUGAGGAGGAGCUGGCCCGGCUGGCCCAGGAGGGCAGCGAGGUGAACGUCAUCGGUAUUGGCACCAGUGUGGUCACAUGUCCCCGCCAGCCUUCCCUGGGCUGCGUCUACAAGCUGGUGUCUGUGGGAGGCCAGCCACGAAUGAAGCUGACCGAGGACCCUGAGAAGCAGACACUGCCUGGAAGCAAGGCGGCCUUCCGGCUCCUGGGCCCCGAUGGGUCUCUGCUGUUGGACGUGCUGCAGCUGGCAGAGGAGCCACCACCCCAGGCUGGCCAGGAGCUAAGGGUCUGGCCUCGAGGGGCUCAGGAGUCCUGUACUGUGAGGCCAGCCCACGUGGAGCCACUGCUGCGACUCUGGGUCCAGCAGGGACAGCUGUGUGAGCCCCUCCCAUCCUUAGCCGAGUCUAGAGCCUUCGCCCAGCUGUCCCUGAGCCGCCUCAGUCCUGCACACAGGCGGCUGGAGCAGCCUGCGCUGUACCAGGUCGCGCUGUCUGAGAAGCUGCAGGCCUUGGUGGACAGACUGAGUGCCCGAGGUCCCCUGUGAGAAACCUGUGGUGGGGGCUGCCUGAAAUUAACAUGAGUCACUCACUGUUCCCGA